AGGCCCUCUCUCCUAUCCAACACCAAGCUUUAGUUUAGCACUAACUCUCUCAGUACAUUAGUACUCUCUUGAUGCCACCAACAAGCAAAUUCGCACCAAAGAACACCAUCAGAAUGACACAAAAUGGAUGAUGCCAAGGCCUUGAUCUGAUGCAUGGAGCCUGAACCUGAACAAUUCUCCCUACAUGUUGGAAACCUCCACUAGAUCAAUCCUGUUACUACUCUCUCACGAGCUGCUGUGUGUUCCUAGCCCAGCUCAAGCUUCUUGUGUGUCGAUGAAAGAGAUCAGAGCCAUGAGGGCGCUGCUGGAGCGGUGCCUGUCGUCCAAGAAGGCCGGCCAGGCCCGGGAGCCGCCGCCGGAGGGCUGCCUGGCGGUGUACGUGGGCGCGGCGAGGGAGCGGUUCGUGGUCCGGGCCGAGUGCGUCAACCACCGCCUGUUCCGGGCGCUGCUGGAGGAGGCCGAGGAGGCGCGCGGGCCCUACUGUUACGCGCCGGACGGCCCGCUCGAGCUGCCCUGCGACGCCGCCGCGUUCGCGCGCGCCGUGGAGGCCAUCGAGCGGGAGAUGGCCGAGGAGAGGACGGACGUCUGGUGCGGCGGCGCGAGGGCAGGGCACGCGGCGGCGCACCGGCCACCGGCGGUGAUCGGCGCCGGCGGCAGGCAGGUGACCGUGGGUUGA